AUGAAGUUUGGUGAAGAGCUGGCGAAAGCUUCAUUGGACAACAAAAGUUUCGAAAAAGUGAAGCAGAUUCACCGGAAUUGGUAUUACUUCGCAUUGAAGGCUCUUAUGGGACAACUUGCGAAGGAAUUACUAAGGAACAUGGAUAGUCAGUCCGGCGAAAGAUUGAAACUCUGUCUGAGACGAAUUCUUACCACUAAAGACCUAAAAUUGACAGCGAUGUGUCUCACCAAAACUAAAAGGAAAUGGGAGAGGUUUAAGAACGAAAAUAAUUCAAGGCUCCAGAGCAAGGAAACAGUGGCUUUCAAGCAAGAACCCGAAAAGCAUCGAAAUUUCAUCUCAAAAGCACGAAUACUAGACUUUAACAAGUUGAAUGUUUCUGAUUCGUUAUCGAGGAAGGCUGGUCUGAAGAAGAAGAUUUACAAAGCUACCAUUCCUCAGAAGCGAUCGAAAAGAAGCCCCUACAGACUUGUAAUGCCGGAUAUAGACAGCAAUUCGAAGAAAGUGGGCAAAAGUGGUACAAUGCCACCUUUAUUUGCUCAAACUACGAAGAGUCCUCUACAUAAUGUGGCGGAUUUAUUCGUGUCGUUAUUUGGCAAGGUCCCAGUACCGGAUUUGUCUAAGAAGUGGUCGACAACGUACAAGAACUUGGAAAAAGUUGCUGAUGUUCUCGAGAACAACGAAAAAUUACCAGGAGCUCGUGUCUACAAUGCAAGGGUCUACGAUAUUGUUGUUGGCAACAACGUGACGAAACCGGCUGAGGUGUAUGUGCCAUCCUAUCUGCAGGAUGUGUUCAAUGUUGUGAACUCGUUCAAAGGAGGAGAGAAUACACGUAUACUUAGCCCACGAAUCGCUCCGCUCAUGCCAGACAAGGCAAAGAGGACAGGAGUUCUUUCUCCUUCUGUAUUUCCCUUCUACCGAGACGACGCGGAGGAGCAAAUAAUGCCUAUUCCAAAGGUAUUGGAAGAGACAGGACUAAAUGAAAAAGAUCGUGAAAAAGUACUAGAGAUGAUCAUGGAGGUCAGUGGUGCCCGAGAAGCUGCGGAUAACGCAUUAAAGAUCGGGGAAACCUUCGAACGGCUGCGUUCUUCAAUGUCUGGUAAACAGAAUGAGGAUUUGGUAGAAAAAGGAUAUACGUUCCUAGAAGCAGCACAACUGCGAAAGCUUCAUAAAGAUCAAGACCUUCACGAACCUGAAAUAAAAGCUAUGGUUGAUGAGUAUGGAGCGCUGAAUAAGAAGCAACGCGAGGAGGCUCUGUGGGAAGCAAUAGCGAAUAUUGCUGGACUCAAUAAACGUCGGAGACACAAGCGACAGUUUCGAGCAUUUUCUGCACUCGCUCCUUCCGUCCUCAGUCCGUACCAAUUCGCGCCGGUAUAUGGAAUGAGCGUCCUGGGACCUGUCGUUCUUUCGCCAAACACCUUCUCGCCACUAGUGUUGAAUCCUUCUGUUCUUGGACCAUGGGUCUUGUCACCAGCCGUUCCUUUACCGUUCGUUAUCUCACCAUACCUUCUCUCUCCUUAUGUAUUGUCACCCCUCGUAUUAGCUCCGUUUGUUUUCUCACCAUACGUACUUUCUCCUAACGUUAUUAAUCCUUAUGUAUUGGCACCUGUUGUUCUUAGCCCGAUGGUGCUAUGUCCUGAUGUGAUAUCUCCAAUGGUGCUAGCGGGAGCUGUUCUCUCCCCUUCUGUAGCUUCGCCCAGUGUCCUUUCCAAAAGUUAUCUCAUGGCUGAUGUAUUGUCACCGACAUUAAGUGCGACCAGCAAAGACAACGUUAAAAGCGUAAAAGAUUUGGCACUGAGCCAGGAAGACUUUAAUAAGAUACGUACUAUUCACAACAAUUGGUAUUUAUUCUCUAUCAAAGCUUUACUUGCUCAAAUGGCAAAAGAAUUUUUAUCUACAGCCAGUUAUGAAAAUGCGGAAAAUUUGAAGUCAUGUCUCAAAAGAAUACAACACACCAAGGACAUUAAGAAAACUGCUCGAUGCCUUAUUGUAGCGAAAGAACAUCAGGAAGAACAGAGCGAAAGACAGGAACCACCUGCGUUUGUUAUCGAAAAGGAGCCGCAGCAGAUUAGAAGACCAUGGUUGGCAGGAGUGACGCGUCUGAGCCUUCUUCGACUGAAGAAUGCGGCUAAGCGUCGGAGGGAGAUGAUGGAACAGACUGGAGAGCUGAGACCGAAACGCAGCCCACAUCGACUGGUUGUUUCCUCAGUUCUCAAAUCGGACAGCGAUUUCGUUGAGGUAAAACAGCAGCAAACAGCCCCACCUUUAGUGGAGCCCGCGAACAGUCCAGCUCAUCGUCUAUCGAAAUUGUUUGUCUCGUUAUUCUCCAAAACACCAACGUCAGAGGUCUCUACACGAUGGUCAACCACGUACAAGAAAAUGUUGGAAUUGAAGAAAAAGUUGGAUGAGAAUGAAAAAUUGCCUGGUAAAGAUGUGUAUGACAGGAAGAUCUACGACAUAGUCGUUGACGAUGACACCUCUUCUGAAGGCGGUCUUGACGAGGUAAGCAAUCAAGCUAUGUCUCACUUCCGCUUCCUUUUCCCGACCACAUUUCGAAACGAAAAAGUCAUUCAUCAUAUUUUAGCCAUACAUCCCACCGUUCUUGAAGCACGUUGUGGACAUUGUGAAGUCGUUUAG